AUGGGAUCAAAUUCGCAACGGUACCCCCGGGUCAACAUAGUGAGUACCGACUAUGGGAGGUAUGGAACCUCUGUUUACCAGAGACUGUAUAGCAGGAAAGAAGGUGAAAAUGUAUUCGGAGCAGAUCCGCACAUUCGUCGUAAUGAGACCUUUAGUCUGUGUAAGAAUAGAGUUGUGAGCCCCACAGUGACCAGGGAUGAGAAUUCGUGUGGCUCCCUGAUGAAAACAGGAACUUUUGGCAGCACUAGUUCCAAUACUACGACUGGUGGGAGUGAAGAAAUUCCCACCGACGAUGGUCAAUUGAUCGAUAAUUGUUCGAUAACUGACGGAGCUGGAGAUAGUAAAAGUUCAAAGAUCAGACGGAAGUAUAAGUCGCUGAUCAGUUCAUCUUCCAAGAAACUUAUCAGCAAGCUACAUGAGCAUGGUUCAAGUGACACCUUCUCGAUAUUUUCUUUAAGGACUACUCAAUCACACAAGCACGAUCGAUUGAAGUCUGAGCAAACGAUCUUUGAGUCAAGACAACCUCCAGAUGCAAAGUUUGAAGCUCUCCCGGUCGAAAUUCUGGCAAACGUAUUACUGAUGCUUGAAGCUGAAGAUCAAAAGAAUCUGGUUAACUGUCUCUAUGUGUCAAAGAGUUUUUACGAAGCUUCAAAGAUGGUUCUUUACAGGUCGCCGAAGUUUACUUCGACGUACCGCGUGGCUCAAUUUGUGACUUCGCUCCGGCUGCAUCCAGAAAAUGGUAACUACGUUAAGAUUUUGGAUUUAUCUCAGCUGAAGAAUGGUCUCAUUGUAGAAAAUUCUGAGACAGGUUGCGAAGCAGUUGAGUCUUUGAAUGGUUUUGAUUCCUUAGCAGAAUCCUCUUUCGAUGAAACAUAUGAAUAUGCUCUCGCAGGUUGGAGGGACUGGCGACAUCGCCACGACCCAUUGUAUGGGGCCACUGCAUUGAAUAGUUUCAAUCUGAAGAGAGUGGCAUCACGAUCACCCUCAAUUAGUUCUCAAAGUUCUCCUGCGGCAUCAUCGCCAAAAUUCAAUAACGUUCACGCGUUCCCCUCGACUUCAGGGUCCUGGCGUACAAGAGCUCAUCGCUCCAAUAGUUCCGUUAGCUCUUUCACAAGCAGUAUCAUGUCCUCCUUACAAAACAACUCCCACGUUUCGCUCGUUACCACAACUUCAACUAGCAAUAGUGCUGAUCAUUCGGCGUUAGAGCUCAAUGGGAACAGGAGGAAAAGCGCUAACGGUGAGAUAGCACAAAACAACCAAAAGUCCAAGGUCAAAGAGGAGAAUUCAGUCCGGCGUUCACUGUGGUACAGGUUGAAAAUUGGAUCUAAGAGUAGUAGGCUAUUAAGCGAGAAAAGAGACCCCAAGGUAUUAGAUCGAGGAUCAGGGGAGGAUAGCGCCGAUGGACAACGCAAGAACACGACGGUCAAAUUCACUGUUUCUCAACCUUUUAGAACGGGCCACCCUUACGCAAACAAGUUUCUACUAAAAUAUGCACCUUUCCGAGAUCUGCCCAUCGGUUACAUUCUGCAUCUGUUAAAAUUAUGCCCCAACAUUACGCAUUUGGAUUUAUCGCACUUGAUUUUCUGCAUUGAUUAUGAGAUUAUUACGAAGAAACCUUCCAAGAUUUUGAACUGUUCUUCGAUGUUACCAGCAGUACAAGAAUCCGUUGAAACGACGUCUAAAGCUGAGACACAACUUGACGUCGUUUAUCUGACAGAUUCCAAUAAAAACUAUGAUUACUAUAAUCAGGUUGCGAGAGGUCGGACUGGCACUCAGGUCGCAACAAAUUUCUUUACAACCUGUGGUAAUAAAGACGACAAUCCACAACCAAUUGAUGCUCAAAAUAGAGGCAGAACCCUAGCACGCCAGAAAUCCAUCAAUGUGGUCCAGCUUAGGAAGUUAAAUCCAGCUGAAAUCUUUGAAUAUCUAUGUGAUCAUCAACUGAACAAUGCGCUGCAACAUGUCAAGAUGGAUGACAUUCUGUGGUGCAGGCAAAAUAUGAUCAAGUACCUGAUCAUGAGAAGUUUUGAAAAAAAAGACAGCAAGGAUAUGGGAUUCAGUUUCGCGAGAGCAGGUCUUAAUAGGAACCUAGCCUGGACAUGCAAUGGCCAAUUGAAUGAUUUCGUGUCGCUACUAGUCAUGGACCACAUACACCAAAUGGAUGAGGUUUCGCUGAAGAACUUAUUCAGCGUGUUAUCCAAACCAUCUUUCGACGAACAAGGCCCAUUUCCUGACCCAGAGAUCAUCGAAAUAUCAAAAGUGUUCGCCCUUCAAUAUGGCCUGAGCGCCCAUCAACAGGAAGAAUUAAAUUUCAGGGUCACAAUUAUCAGAAGCGAGAGGCCAACGUCGUACAGGAUCAGACAUCUGUCACCCAAUCACAUCUCACUUGUCGUCGACCUAUGUGAUCAAGAGGAAAUUACAGAUCCAAGCACCAUGCUGGAUUCGAUAUUCGAAUCCUCUAGAAGAAUCCAUCAACUCGGGCAUGAGAUAACGACCAAGAUUCGUGAAUUGAGAAAUGCCGAGUUGAGAAGCAAUCUUGGUGAAAAUAAUUUCAUAAUGGAAAAUCUCGUAGCAAGAACCAGGGUGCUGUUGUAA